ACCGCCUGGUCACAAGGCCCCAGGCUGACAGGAUGCUGUUUUAUUAGCAAAGCCUGCACUGGUGUCUCCGUUCUGCCCAUGGACCCUGAAGGCAUGGGUGGUCUGAAAUGAUAAUCUCCUGGGAACUUCAUAAGCAGACCAAAGUAAAGAGCCCAUGGCCACGCCCACUAAGAUAGACUUGGAGGACGCCCUGGCCCUGGGGCCCAGCUGGCGGCAUCUUUGUCACGUGAUGCUGUAUGCGCCCGAUCCAGGGGUGCUCUUUGGUGGCCGUAUCUUGCUGAACUAUGCUGUGCUGAUGUCCAUGCGCUUUGAUGGGCGACUGGGCUUCCCUGGUGGUUUUGUGGACGAUCGUAGCCCCAGCCUGGAGGAAGGGCUGAAUAAGGAACUGUUGAAGAAACUGGGCGAGGGAGUGUCCACUUUCAGCAUCUUAUCCACCGACUACCGAAGCUCCCUCGCUGAGUCCAAAUCAAAAGUGGUGGCCCAUUUCUAUGUCAAAUGCCUAACACUAGAGCAGCUCCAGGCGGUGGAGGCUGGGGCACCACAAGCCAAGGACCAUGGGCUAGAGGUCUUGGGCCUGGUGCGGGUACCCCUGUACACCUUGCGGGAUGGUGUGGGAGGCCUGCCUGCUUUUCUGGAGAAUUCCUUCAUUGGUGUCGCCAGGGAACAGCUACUGGAAGCCCUCCAGGACUUGGGAAUUCUGGCUCCCGAAACUGCCUCAGACCUCAAGGAACGAACAGUUCAACGUAAACAGACCUUAAGGCUGAUUGGGACCUGAGCCGAGAGAACUUGGUAUUGGGAGGGCGGGUGAGAAGGGAAAUGCUUUUGGGGCCUUGGAGAUGAGAGCUGACACCAGAUUAAAAGGCAGAACUGU